UUGAAACUGGAAAUCAAAGCUGAGCUAGAAAACGUCACCGAUUUGGCACCUUCUGGUGCUGAUUUCGAGUACUUCUUCAAAAUGGUCUGCAAUACUUGUCACGAGGAGCAUCCGAAGUUCGUUACGUUGAAUAGAUUGGAAAAACGAGAUCUCUCGACUAGCAGAGGCUCAGCGAACCUAGUUUGGCGUUGCGGUGGUUGUAAAAGGGAAAGCUCUGCUAGCUUUGUUGCUGAACCAUCAAAACCAUACUCUGCUGAAUCAAACGGACAAUUUGCAACUCUCUUGAAGAUCGAAUGUCGUGGAUUAGAGUUUACGGAAUUUGAUCCAAAAGGACAGUGGACCUGCAAAGGAGAGACGGGCACCGUGUUCUCCGUUGAUCUUGAAGAUGAUGAUGAGUGGGUUGACUAUGAUGAGAAGGCUAAAAUUGAUGUUCGUAUUUCCAACAUCGAAAGCCGAUGGGCCAGGGCGUGA